GGCCGAAAUAAACAAAUGGAAUAUCCACUGCUAGUUUGAUGCAGGAGACGGGAGCCAAUGUCAACAUUCCCUCACAACACUCUGCGCACUUUGGCCACCUCUCUUGCUGGGAAUUGCUCGUCUUUCUCUCUACGGAGUAUCCGUACACUACCAUUUCGUGCUAUUCUGCAGGCAUCUUUCUCGUCUCUCUCUCUCUCUCUCAUCCCUCACCCUCGCACACCAUCCAUCACACCCACAUCAGACAGACACAGACUCUCGAUCAUCCAACCCGCCUCCUCCGCAUCCACUCCCAGCCGUCCAUCCACCCACGAAGAGAACUGAUCCCAGUCUCAGUCCCACAUCGCUCCAAGAUACCAAUCCAAGUCUCAAGAGGAAUCAAGAGGACACACUCUCUCACACACAACACACACACAAUACGGAUACACACACACAACAUUUCACCCCUUGCCCCGGCAACCCUUCGCAACCCUCGUUUUCUGCAGACUGCAUUCGCUCGCCGCUCGCUCUGCUGCUCCGUCCAACCAUCAACCACCAACCCCCCCGUCUUCAAAACCCAAUCCGCAUCGCACAUCUCGAGCGACCCUCUUCUCCCUCCUUCUUCUCUCCUCUCCAUCCAUCUCCAAAAGCUUCAAUCGCCCUUUUUGCCCAACUUCACCUUUUGUCGGCACACCCCCUUUCCUCCAAAUCCAAAAGAGAAGAGAAAAGCAGAAGCGCGUGUCACUUGAACGACCGGCUUCUCCCACCUUUCCCUUCCCCUUUGUUUUUUUAGGAAAACGAAGCAAGAGGAUACUCUUCUUUGCCUUCCUCACUUCAGGAACGCUUAGAAGAUUCUCCUCUCUGCGCCCCCAAGGCCGCCAAUCUGGAUUUUGAAGCUCGUGUCCCCGUCCCUUUUAGCGUCUUUCCCUCCACCUACAAGGAGAGUGAGACACAAACCCAGACCCAAACAGUCACUCAGACUCACGAAGAGCUUGAGAUCAAACUCCCCGAGAAGAAGCCUCAGAGGCCCGGACGGGAGGAAAGUCAAUACUCUUCCUUCACCACCGUCGCCGAGUCGAAGCCGCAGCCGCCGCAGCAAAAGCCGCAGCAGCAGCAGCCUCUGCCCCCUCGGAAAGAGCAGCACCGCUACGAAGAAGAGGUCCGCAUCGAAGAACACUACCACCGUCCCGGUGU